GGUCACACUGCAGUCGACAUAUAACUUUUAAAAGUUUGUAAACUUUUUCAUUUUGUUCACAUUGCCACAAAAACGCAUCGGUUGUGCGUUUUUACUCUCUCACAUUUUUAAGCCAACACUGUCUGAGGGGCUCGGGCACAAACUAGACUAAAGUGUACCUUCUAUUGCAGACACACAGCUGAGCAGCAACACACAGCAAGAUGUCCGGAAUAAUGCGUGCGCCAUCGAUUUUGGCCAAAACUGCAUUCGCCUCAAUGCAACGUGUGGCAACAGUAGCUGCCGCAGCGACGCAGCAGCGCCGCAGCUACCAUGUAACCCCCGGAUACCAGAAGGCUAAAUCAGCAAAUCCCGAUGCCAUCUCCAAGCAAUAUCCGAUUGUAGAUCACGAAUACGAUGCGAUUGUUGUCGGUGCCGGCGGCUCGGGACUGCGUGCUGCCUUUGGCCUGGUCGCUGAGGGCUUCCGCACAGCGGUUAUCACUAAACUGUUUCCCACACGCUCGCAUACGAUUGCUGCACAGGGAGGCAUUAAUGCGGCUCUUGGCAAUAUGGAGGAGGAUGACUGGAAGUGGCACAUGUACGAUACGGUGAAGGGCAGUGACUGGCUGGGCGACCAGGAUGCCAUUCAUUAUAUGACACGCGAGGCACCCAAGGCUGUCAUUGAGCUGGAGAACUACGGCAUGCCCUUCUCUCGCACCCAGGAUGGCAAGAUCUAUCAACGUGCCUUCGGCGGCCAGAGUCUGAAGUUCGGCAAGGGCGGUCAGGCCCACAGAUGUUGCGCCGUCGCGGAUCGUACCGGCCACUCGCUGCUGCACACCCUGUAUGGUCAGUCGUUGAGCUACGAUUGCAACUACUUUGUGGAGUACUUUGCUCUGGAUCUGAUUUUCGAGAAUGACGAGUGCCGUGGCGUGCUGGCCCUUAAUUUGGAGGAUGGUAGUCUGCAUCGCUUCCGUGCGAAGAAUACGGUCAUCGCCACAGGUGGCUAUGGACGCGCCUUCUUCUCCUGCACCUCGGCACAUACAUGCACUGGCGAUGGCACCGCAUUGGUGGCCCGUCAGGGUCUGCCCUCAGAGGAUCUGGAGUUUGUGCAGUUCCAUCCGACUGGAAUCUAUGGCGCCGGCUGUCUUAUUACUGAGGGCUGCCGCGGUGAGGGUGGCUAUCUGAUCAAUUCCAAGGGUGAACGUUUCAUGGAGCGCUAUGCGCCUGUCGCCAAGGAUUUAGCUUCUCGCGAUGUUGUCUCCCGCUCCAUUACUAUUGAGGUUAUGGAGGGCCGCGGUGUGGGACCCGAAAAAGAUCACGUAUUCCUGCAGCUGCAUCAUUUGCCGCCCAAACAGCUGGCUGAACGUCUGCCCGGCAUUUCAGAGACUGCUAUGAUUUUCGCCGGCGUCGAUGUCACCCGCGAGCCCAUCCCCGUGCUGCCCACCGUGCACUACAACAUGGGUGGCAUCCCAACGAAUUAUCGUGGCCAGGUGCUGACCAUUGACGAGAACGGCAAGGACAAGAUUGUGCGCGGCCUCUAUGCGGCCGGCGAGGCAGCCUGCAGCUCGGUGCAUGGCGCCAAUCGAUUGGGUGCCAACUCCCUGCUGGAUUUGGUGGUGUUUGGCCGUGCCUGCGCUAAGACCAUUGCCGAGGAAAACAAACCCGGCGAGAAAGCACCCGAGCUGAAGGACAAUGCUGGCGAGUUCUCUGUGGCCAAUUUGGAUAAGCUGCGUCAUGCAAAUGGCAGUAUAACCACCGCAGAUCUGCGUCUCAAGAUGCAGCGCUGCAUGCAGAACCAUGCUGCUGUAUUCCGUGAUGGGCCCAUCUUGCAGAAGGGCGUUAGCGAAAUGAAGGAGAUCUACAAACAGUUCAAGGACAUCAAAGUUAUUGACAAGUCGCUUGUGUGGAACUCGGAUCUAAUUGAGACACUGGAGCUGCAGAAUCUUCUGGCCAAUGCUCAGAUGACCAUCGUCGGAGCUGAAGCGCGCAAGGAAUCACGCGGCGCACACGCACGCGAAGAUUUCAAGGAUCGCAUCGAUGAAUACGACUAUAGCAAGCCCUUGGAAUCGCAGCAGAAGAAGCCCAUCGACCAGCAUUGGCGUAAGCACACGCUCGCCUGGGUGUGUAGCGAUGAUGGCGAUGUGGAACUCAAAUACAGACCAGUUAUUGACCAGACUCUGGACAAUGAGGUAGAGACGGUGCCACCAGCAAUUCGCUCUUACUAGAAGACGCCACGAAACCUACAAGCAUACACACACACACACACACACAUACACUCGAACAGAAAAUAAACACACACACUCGCAUGUUUACUUAAUAGUUAACAGGCAAAUUGUGGAAAAGAUUAGCAAGUCGCAAUUUUGUUAAAAACUAAAUUAUACCAGGUCUACGACCGAUUGGUUUUUGAUGUCAAAAUUCUAUUAUGUAGUUAAUUUCAAUUAUUGUAUAUUUCGAAAAGCCUCUCAGCGUCCUACACAACACCACAAAUAAUUUAUCUCCCAACAUUAAAUAUAUAUGUAAACAUAUAUUUUCGAUAA